AUCUCUCUCUUUUAUGCGCGGUGACCCGAACCUUGCAGCUGGAGACUACCGAAACUAAGCACUCUUCUCAAACCUUAACGACGCACGCCCACCCGCAUGUUGCUCGAGUCCAUCCUGACAUCAUUAUCAUAACUGCAUGCGCGCUCCGGCGCAAUGGCUCAACCAAGAAGGGACGAUGCCUUCACCACCAUGCAAAUCUUCGACGACGCCGUCUACCUGAGGGACGCACUCGGCUUGCCAGUGAACCAAAGUGAAGACGACGUCGACGCGCAGUUAGUACUGCUGGCACGAGAGUCCGGCAUCGAGGAUCCCUACCGCUUCCUGUGCCCUGUGCAAGCAAUAUCGAGAGCCCUGUCGACCACCACUGUAGGCAGCGCCCACAGCAGCUCACUUUCGUUUCACUCGCACCAGACGCAGUCUACUGGCUUCACGGACCCUUCGAGGACUUCGAGAGAGCAGUCUCAUGGUAAACGCCUGCCGCCACAGCAGAUCACGCCAACCCUCGCCAGGGCCUCUGUUACCUUUGAAUCCACCAUGGACUACUUCCCAGCAAACUUCAAGCAGCGCCACUCAACCGCUUCGACCUUUUCAGCUGCACACUCCAUGUCAUCCAGCGCAUCUUCGUUACAGAAGACGAGUACGCGGAGGAAACGUGCAUCGUUUCUUUCCAUGUUCAGAAGGGACUCGAGCUCAUGCACGUCUCCCUCGCACCACAGGCAUCACGGCAAGGCUCGAGGGCCCAAACUCGAAUGCGGCCACUCUUUAUCCACCUCAGCCAUCCGAGCGCACAUUAAGGAGGCCCUGCAGGCGAAGGAGGGGGCGAUGCCUAGCUGCUGCGGCAUCCCACUACGACGAGCCACCAUCGAGAUCGUUUUGACAAAAGAAGAGACGGUUCUUGUUCUGGAAGGCGCCGUACGGUCACCGGAAAUAGGUUCAUUACGAGAUUCUGGCUACAGCGAGAACGGCAUGUCGUCGAUUGAUCUGCUUCGACCAGCCCAAAAGACAUCACUGCCAGCGGUAUCGAAAUCAGUGCCAAACACCCCACCUCGGCGUAUCUCACUGCAGCUACUAAACGGCAACUCUUCCCUCGCGAACGAAGCCCUAAAGAGCUUCAAGUCUCAGCAGAAGGAGCAGCUGGAUCGGGUAGCAGCAUUCGAAAACAAACAGCGAAAAGCACUUCAGGCUCACCACCAAUGCUCGCUAAAGCGGCUUGCAGCUCAACACGAAAACAACGAGGAUGAGCGGAAGGAGCAUCAUGUCCUUGAGCUCGAGGACCUCGAGGACGCCCAGAUCACCGCAGAAGACAACCUGCGCAAAGCCCAGGACCUCGAGACACAGAAUGUGGCGACUGCGCUGAAACACAUGGAGGCAUAUUGCCUCUCAUCAAAUCCGGAUCCAGGCCUUGCGCAUACAGUCACUCAGGACGACUUCAAGAAACUCGAUCGUCAGCGUAUGAUCCAGCAGAGUUUACCCCGGAAACACGAGAGCGCCAUUAAUGUCCUGCGGUCGCGGCAAGAACGCGCAAUGAAGCUGAAGAUGCAAAAGCAAGAAGCAGAACUGGCAGACAUGGACGCAGAAUUGGAGAAGGAGAAGGCGGCAGAAGAAUGGCAACACGCGCAAGAGUCGGAGCGCCUCAACGCAGUAAUCGAGGCGCGGCGGAAGAGGCUGCAACAGAGAUGGGAUCUCAAAUAUGAGAUGUGGCGGAAAGACUGGGAAAGCCAACAUGGCACACAGUUUGAGAACGUGGACUGGCCGUUCAAGACACAAUGUGGAGGCCCGAUUUGCGGAAUACCCGAAUCGAGCGAAACUACAACGCCCAUCCACGCUGCGGCGUAGGUCUGCGGCAUAGUCCGGACCGGUCCACGGAUCCUUCAGCGAACCCCUCAAUUGCCGACUUGGAUACCGAUACCCUUGCCGACGAUCCCCAUCAUCGACUUUGUAAUUCCCGUCGACUUUGCGCAAAGUUACGGAUACUUUACCCUUACUUUCAAAUACAUACCACUUUUGGAGCGGCUUUCACUGGUGCAUAGCGCGGCGCACGCCCUGCCCCAUUACCUGGCAUUUUCUUCCACGUUACGUUCGGCAUCGCGCUCGAUAUUGCUUUUGCA